AUGGAGCGCUCUGAUGCCUUCAAGGCGACCCCCGUGGCGUAUGGAGAGCUACUGAACCUUUCGUCCAACUCCACGGACUCGAAUUACACGGGUGAGACGGCGGAAAAGAGCGCGAGCGUGUUUGCGCAGACGAGCGCGGCUGUGAUUCUGUCUCUUCUGACGUGCGCUACUGCGCUGUCCAAUGCAUUCGUCAUUGCCACCAUAUAUCAAUCCCAGAAGCUGCACACACCUGCCAACCUUUUGAUCGGCUCGCUGGCUGUCACUGACCUGCUCGUGUCUGUGUUGGUGAUGCCUGUGAGUGCUGCGUACACGAUAAGCCAAACGUGGACGCUGGGUCAGGUGGCAUGUGACCUGUGGUUGUCAUCAGACAUCACGUGCUGCACAGCAUCAAUUCUUCACUUAUGCGUGAUUGCACUUGACCGCUACUGGGCCAUCACGGACGCCGUGGGGUACUCUGCAAGGCGCACGCGUGGCCGUGCAGCCGGCAUGAUUGCCGGUGCCUGGGUCAUCGCCAUAUCCAUCUCGGUGCCACCCUUCUUCUGGCGCCAGGUCAAGGCGGACGAAGAGGUCACCAGCUGCCACGUCAACCAAGACCACGUCUUCUACACCAUCUACUCCACUUUCGGCGCCUUCUACAUCCCCACGCUGCUGCUAGUGGUGCUCUACGGUAGGAUUUACGUAGAGGCCCGGAAACGGAUCUUGAAACAGUCGCCCCAAAAGCCUGGCAAACGUCUCACAUCCGCCCAUUUGAUCACACACUCGCCUGGCUCGGUGGCAUCCACUACGUCGCUCACGUAUGGCACAACUGAGUUGACGUCAUACGAUGGUACAGCCUCUGUCCCAGCAAACAGUCAGGUGAAAGUCACCAUGUCAGAUGCGCUUCUGGAGAAGAAGCGCAUCUCUGCGGCUCGGGAAAGGAAGGCAACAAAAACUUUAGGGAUUAUACUUGGGGCUUACAUUGUGUGCUGGCUGCCUUUCUUCAUUUAUGCGUUACUCGUGCCUAUCUGCCCCUCGUGCACAUUUUACCCCGAGCUUUUUGACUUGUUCACGUGGCUCGGCUACCUGAACUCGCUCAUCAACCCUAUUAUUUACACCAUGUCCAAUGAGGAUUUCAAACAGGCUUUCCAUAAACUUAUGCGCUUUAACUGCUGCCGAUCUUGAG